UUUCGGAUCCAGAUCGCUGGCGCCGGCCGAGCCGUAUCGGAAGAUGGCCGCGUCGGGUCUGGAUCAUUUAAAAAAUGACUAUAGAAGAAGAUUCUGUCGACCUUCCAGGGUACUUGACAUUGAUACGGAGAAUGGUCGGAACAUACUGGAUAUACUACAAAACUGUUUUGAAGAAAAUAGUUUUGUCAAUGAACUCAGUGCAAAUUCUAUUGCAUCAGUGCUGCAUUCAAAAUCGGAAGUAGAAAACAUUUGUAUUUCACCACGAAAUAAAGAGGCUGGCAUAACACGUACACCCGGAUCAGUUGUUAAAGGAAGGAAUGUUCUGAAAGCAAAAUCUACAAAUGUUAAUCAAGAGUCAGCCCUCAAGAGUCAGUGCCAGAAGUCACCCCCAAAAUCAGUUUCAGUUUCUUCAAAGAAUAAAAAUGCCACUCUGCAGUUAACUGAAGGAAUAGUUAAUGCUGAUAACAGUUCAGGUCAGACUCAAGAUGUUUGUGAGAAAAUUUUGGCAACUAAUGUUGGUUCUAAACAUAACCAUGACUCGAGAAGAAUGUCAAAGAGAAAUAGAAAAGACCAUCAUGAUGAAGACAAAGAGAAAGAGGAAUUUUAUUUAUCUGUUGGGUCACCUUCUGUUAUUUUGAAUAUAAAAACAUCUGCUUUAAAAAAUGCUCAUGUAUCUAUUGACCAGAAGAGAGAGGCCUACACUUUUGAAAAUUCCGUAAAUAAGCUGUCUUCAAGUACAGCUUUUCUUAAAACCAAAAAAAGACUAAACUUUGAAGAUAAAGAUGUUUCAGAGAAAAAAGAAAUGGAGAAUAUAGUAUCCGAAGGACCACGACAAAGGACACUGUCAGGAAAAUCUCAGAAAACAGUGCAAAAGUUAGAGGAUGAAAGUCAGCCACAAACUACAAAAAGUUUUUCAGCUUUGUUUUUAGAAACUGUUAGGAAAACAGGUAAAGCCAGUCCUGUUAACUGUGUAGUAAACGCACCACCUCAUUCAACUCCUGAAAAUGAUAUGAAGCUGUUAGAGGAUGAAUUUUUAAUUGAUGAAUCAGACAGAAGUUUUGCUUGUCAAUCAUGGAUUACUAUACCUCGGAAGACUGAGCCUCAGAAACAGUGUACAGUGUCCCCUGCUGAGGGCACUGUUGCCUUCAGUCAUAGUAAAAGGACAAGAGAAAAACAGCCCAGAUCUGCCACUCUGCCACACGACUCUCCUGCUAAAGCUCAUCCAAGAGAUAAAUCUCAGCCCUCUGAACCAAAGAAAUUGGGUAGGAAUCAUGCUUUGACAGAUGAAAUGGAAAAUAAUUAUAGAUCUGAGAAAUCUGAAAUGUAUUCUGAAGAUGCGAAUAAAGUAUCUGAAAGGAAAAGGACACAAAACCAGAGAAGCAGUUUUAAAACCAGUAUAGUUGAGCAGGUUGAUAUGAAACAGACUGAAGAUAAAAGUAAAAAUAGGUCAAAUAUCACCCAAGACAAAUUAAAGAGAAAAUCCAACAUAAAUGUGGAAGAAUCUGAAAACAUGAGCAGUGAUCAUAUUUCACCAAAACAGAUGCAGCCUGUGGGAAGCAAGAAAAGCAAGACAAGUGUUCCUUUCUCAAAAAAUAAGAAGAAAGAGAGAAAGGAUAAGGCUAAAAGGGAACAUUCUUCAAAUAGAUCCAAGUUGAACAAACUUGCACCUGAAAAAGACAGUUUUACUCUCACUCGAAGUCGAAGGGUUUCCAGGCAGCCUUCUGAUUGGUGGGUGGUAAAAUCAGAACAGAAUCUUGAUGUUGGCAGUUCUCCAGUAAAUGAGUUGCCUGUGCAACACAACACUAGACAAAAGCCUGGUAACAAAGCAGAAGACUCAUCCAGGAGUGUUGGGAAAAAAUCCAUUCCACACAAAAGACUGAAGAAAGAUACUCUGCGCAGCUCAAGACCACAGAAAGUUUUAGAUGCUAAAGACUCUGGAAAAAUUUCUCAUCAUGAUGAAAUUUCUAAUUGUUCCCAGAAGUCAUUGGAAAGUAAAGACCUGGCCGAGGAGAAAAAUUUUCAACAUGCAGAAAGUGAAAGCAGUUCAGAGGAUCAAGCUAGAAGUAUUGCUAUACAAAGUGUUUAUCUUCCAUCUCAGACCAGUGAAUGCAUGGCACCAUCAGAGUCUGACUCAGAUUCUGGAGAGCCCCAGACUUCAGUUCUUCAGGAAAGUGGACCUUCUAGGAUCAAGAAUCAUGUAAUGUCUGCAAAGAAUGAUUCUGAUGUGGAUGAUAAAGAAGCUUUUGAAAGUUCUGAUGACUCAAAGGUCAAAGGAUUUAAAGAAGUCUCAGAAAACAAAAUACAACAUAAAUUAGUACUGCCCACCAACACACCAAAUGUUCGCAGGACAAAGAGAGUCCGAUUGAAACCGCUGGAAUACUGGCGAGGAGAGCGGGUAGAUUAUCGAGUAAGGCCAUCAGGAGGAUUUGUGGUUGGUGGAAUACUGUCCCCAGAUGCAGUACCAUCUAAAAGGAAGACAAAAGAAAACACAGGAAAAGUCAACAAAAAAGAUAAUAGGAAAAGGAUCUGUCUCGAUGACGAUGAAAGAAUUCAAAAAUUAAUUGAAAAUUUGGCGAUACAGCUAGGAGAUCCUUUACAGCCAACUAUGAUAAAGGACCCAGAAACCAAAGAGAGUAUACUCUUGGAUCUUAUAAGGCAACGAGAUUCUUAUCAGUUUUUGGUUCAACAUGGUGAGUUGAAAGUAUAUAAAACAUUGGACACACCUUUUUUUUCCACUGGAAAAUUGGUAUUAGGACCAAAUCAAGAAAAGGGGAAGCAGCAUGUUGGCUCAGAUAUAUUGGUUUUUUAUGUUAACUUUGGUGACCUUUUAUGUACCUUACAUGAAACACCUUAUAUAAUAACAACGGGAGACUCAUUUUAUGUUCCUUCAGGUAAUUAUUAUAACAUCAGAAAUCUCCUGAAUGAGGAAAGUGUUCUUCUUUUUACUCAGAUAAAAAGAUGAAGCAAAGUUCAAAUGUACGUGUGUGAAUGUGUGUAUAUGAUAAAUUUGUAUAUAUUUGUGUGUAUAUGAUGCAUAAGCACAUUACAUUUGUACAGCUGGGAUAUUUGCUUUGUAAUUAUUUUUUAUUUUUAAAAUAAAAUUCUUAGUUUAGUUUUGUGUGUGUACUUUCAGGUAUUUUAAGUUCUCAUAUACAUAAAUCUUCAAAUUUUUAAACAAAUGAACACAUAG